GAAACAUCACUCCAUCUGAAAGAAUGCCUCCGACCUGCACUACUGACUACUCCAAACUUUCCAACAAGGAAAAGCAUAAAUUAAGAAAGCCUGUGGUGGAGAAGAUGCGCAGAGAUCGCAUCAACAGCUGCAUCGAGCAGCUCAAAACAAUGCUGGAGAAGGAAUUCCAGCAGCAAGACCCCAACACCAAGCUGGAGAAAGCCGACAUUCUGAAGAUGACUGUGAUCUUCCUGAAACAGCAGCUGCAGUCCAAGACCUCAGCAGCUCCACAGAAAGACCACUUUGAUGGCUACUCCCAGUGUUGGAAAGAGACCAUGACCUUCCUGUCUGCCAACUCCAAGGUGGACACAGUACGUCAACAUCUGAACCACAACCAGGAAGCCCAGCGAUCGGCUCAAGAUCUCACACACCUGUCUCCAGCCUCCCAUCAACCCCUCACGAUCACAGUGAAGCAGGAACCAUGUGCUCUCAGACCUCUCUGGAGACCUUGGUAGAGACAACAAGCUGAAAGACUUUCCCAUGUAAACUAGAUGGUGGUUUUACCAUCUCUUAUGUUGAAGGAGAUAUUUCCUUUUUUAUGUUAACUCCAUUAAUUUCUUUUGUAAGAGGUUCUUCUUAUGGUACAGCUAAAAUGUGUUUCACAAUGUGAAAUCCUGAUCUUCUGCAUAUGAUUGUGUGUGUGUGUGUGUGUGUGUGUGUGUGUGUGUGUGUAUAUAUAUAUAUAUAUGAUCAGAAGAGGAUGGACAUUGAUUUGUAUAAGUAAUCUUCACAUUGAAGAGUUGAGUGAUGUCUUUCUAACUCCUAUGGAGCUGGAAGGAUUUAUAUGCAUUUUCUUUUUCACAUAUGCUUUCUCUAUGCUUUUUAAAGGCAAAAUGUUGU